UGAUUAAUUGAAAUAAAUAAACUUAAAUAUUUAAUUAAAUUCUAAUUUAUACACAUAGCAUUAUUCAUUCAGAUAAAAUAAUGGAACAUUUAAUUUAACUAACUUGAUAAGUGUGUAUGGUUAGUUUAAUAGUGAAGUAGAAUUAGUAUUUUCCAGCGAUAUUAUUUAAAUUCCCCUUUACUAAAAUAUUUCUGAUUCUCUGCAAAUUUCUAAUUAUUCCUCAAAAUAUUACGCCUUUCUUAAAAUAAAAAUAAAAAAUGAAUGCAAUCCUGGGUACGAGCUUUAAAAAUUCUAAACCAUUCUAGACUAUUGUUCUCCUUGUUUAGAAGGUUAUUAUAACACACAACCUAAUUAGCAUUGUAUUAAAUGUCCAGAUUCAGCCUAUUAUUGUAAAUAUCAAACAAUUUUGCUUAAAAAGGGAUUUUGGAGAGAAAACUCAACUUCUUCAAAUAUUUUGGCUUGUAAUUAAAACAAAAAUAGUUGCAUUGAAAGUUAAGCAGGAGUAAAUUUAGUCAAUACAAACUAACAGUGUGCUGAAGGGUACAUUGGACCUAUUUGCGAUGAUUGUGAUAUAGAAAAUCAAUAUUGGGGUUAAAGAUAUUAAAAAAUAGGAAAUAAUCAGUGUGUUAGCUGCUAAUAAGAUUUUAAAUAUUCGAUUUUGAUGUUUACAGGCAUAAUUUUUUACAGCUUGAUAUUUUGCAUUUAUAUUACAGAUUCAACAAUAAAUUAGUUCAAGUAACAAGUAGUUGAUGAGUAUUUUAAAAUUUUAAAAAUCUAUGUUGCAAAGAAAUCUCAUAUUUCAAGCACAAUUAUAAAGAUUUUGAUAAACUAUUUUCAGCUAAUAUCCAUAAUAGUAAAUAUGAAUAUACCUAUACCAAGAAGCUUAGGCAAUUUUAUAGUUAUUUUUGGUUCUCCUUCUUAAUUGAGUUAAACAAAUUUAGAUUGCUUAUACGUUUAAAUUGCAAAAUUUUUUGGAUUGCAGUUUUUGUAUGCUAAAUUUUUAAUAGGCUAGAUUUAGUUAGUAAUUAUUUGCUUAAUGUUCUUUGGCUUUUAUAGAAUUUUUUGCUUAUAUAUGAAAAGAAGAUUCCAUUUAUAUCAUUUAAUUACAGGAUUGGUUUUAAUUUAUUAUUAAAAUCUUUCAGGGAUUAUUUAAUAGCUGCUUGGUAGUAUUUCUUGCAGAAAAAUUGGUUAAAGAAGUUAUGUACUUGAUUACCCAUAGUAUGAAUGCAAUGAUGAGCACCUAAAAAGCGCUCUUUAUAUCUUAUUUCCUUUUUUAUUUGUAUGGGCUAUAAUUAUACCUCUUCUAUUACUAUAUUUUUUAUUUAAAAAUUAAUUUAAUUUGAAUAAACUAAAAUAACUCACUUUGUUAGGUUUCUUAUAUGAAGGCUAUGAAAUAAAUUAGUAUUACUGGGAGAUUAUUUAAAUAGCAAAGAAUAUUUUAAUAGCCUUCUUUUUGAAAUUUUAUGGAGACUUUAAUCCCCUUAUGUACAUUUUAUGUGCUAUUACUAUAUUAGUUUACUCAAUGCUAUUAUAAAAAUUCAAACCUCUAUCUUGUUAAAGGUUAAAUAAUCUUAAUCUAACUUGCUCUUGUUACUCUAUUUUAAUAAUUAUGCUAGGACUAAUAGCAUAAGAAUUCUAAAUUUAUGCUGUAAGCAUACUUUGCCUUCUUUUGAUUUUAAUACUUAACAUAUGUUUGGCAGUUUAAGUAAUACAAAUAAUACUAAAGGAAUAUUUGACUAAAAUAAAGCUAUUCUUUUAUCCUCUGAUAUUAAAUUUAUUAGAUAAAUUACAUAUAAAAGUUGAUAGGACUCUUUUUAAUGUAAUAACCAAAUAACAUGUGAUUGAUUUAUGGAAAAAAAUAACAUUUUAAGUUCACAAAAAAAAUUAAAAAGUAAGUAAGAGUAAUAAUUUUUUCAGCUAAGAAUUCUAGCAAGACCUAUUUUUUGCUAACCUAUAGGAUUGUCUAAGAUAUGCUUAAAUGCAGAUAAUACUAAGAAAAACAAAAGUUUUGAACUAACAUCAAUCACAAUUUAAUAUCAAAUAAUCUCAUACUUAAGCAAAUACAUGUUUUUAACAAAAUAUAGAUACACUCAAAUAGAAUAAAUUAGCAAAAUAAUGA